GGCAGACUGUGGAGUAAACGGCUAGUACACUUUAACUGACAUGCUUUCAUUUACGCGAGCGCUGAAUUUCUCCUAUUUUCCACGUUCAAUUCUCACUCUUUCUCCUCAUCUUCUUCUCUUCAAAUUUCAGCACUGCGUAUCACGUCACAGCUUAAAGGUUUCGAGGUGUAGAGACGAAGAUUGCGAUGAUUUUUUGCCGUGGUUGGAGAAAAAGGCUGGAGUUCAGAUUUCUCAAGUUCUUUCGAUAGGAAUAUCUGAUUUUGGAAGGUCGUUGUUUGCUUGUAAGAGCAUACAAGCUGGGGACUGCCUUUUGAAAGUUCCUUUUAUAGUGCAAAUAUCUCCUGAUGACAUCCUUCCUGAAAUCAAGCCCUUGGUCUCUAAUACAGUAGGGACUGUUGCAAAACUUGCAGUAGUCAUUCUAGCUGAGCAGAAAAAAGGUCAGAGUUCUGAAUGGGCUCCUUACAUCUCUUGUCUUCCUCAUAAUGGAGAGCUGAAUAGUACGAUAUUUUGGAGUGAAACAGAACUAGAGAUGAUACGACAAAGUUCAGUGUACCAGGAAACAAUUAACCAUGAGGCUCAAAUUAGACAAGACUAUUUGGUCAUCAAACCAGUUUUUGACCACUUUCCUAAUGCAUUUGAGGAUGUUCAAUUUGACAGCUUCAAACAUGCCUACGGUAUAGCUCGAACAAGCCACAAAGAUCUGCAUCUCGAGCUUGAUGCCAUUUUUGUAAAUUGCAAACUUUCAGUUGCAUCUCGAGCUUGGGAAAGCAUGAAGGGACAAUCGCUGAUUCCAUUUGCAGACUUUUUAAAUCAUGAUGGAACCUCCGACUCCGUUGUAUUAUGUGAUGUAAAAGAUAGAGUAUCAGAGGUCAUUGCUGAUCGAGAUUAUGCUCCAGGUGAAGAGGUUUUGAUACGGUAUGGAAGGUUUCCGAACUCAGCGCUUCUAUUAGACUUUGGUUUUACAGUUCCAUUCAACUUGUAUGACCAGGUUGUCAUUCAGGUUGAUAUACCUUACAAUGAUCAUCUACGAGCAAUGAAGAUGGAUAUUCUGCAAAAGCAUUGUUUGUCAAAAGUCAAGGAUGCAAACUUCAGCCCUUAUGGGGCUUCUUUUGUGAUAAAGGAAGUAAGGUCGUCUAGAGGAAAAGGGAAGGGAAUUCCACAAUCACUUCGUGCAUUUGCUCGGAUCUUGUGUUGUAACUGUUCUCAAGAAUUAAAUGACUUGGUUGUCGAAGCUGCUCAACAUGAUGGCCGUCUAGCACGGCGUCCUUUGGUUAAUAGGACCUUGGAGAUACGAGCACAUGAGAUUUUGCUCUCGCUAAUCAAUAAGCUGAUUGAGAAAUAUGAUGUGUCAAUUAAGUCACUGCAUAUGCUAGAACCCAGAAACUGUAGGAAGUUUGCUAUCAGACAGAAAAUGGCGCAAGAUCUCCUUGCUGGGGAGGUUCGUGUCCUGAGAUCUGCAUCUGCAUGGUUGAAGAACUUCUGCCAGUCGUAUCCAGAGCAAGGAAAAAACAUCAUAAAUCUUUUACAAGUACAGCCAAAAGUUCCUUCAGGUUUCAAUCAAAAUCAAACCAACUUGUUCGAUGGAGAUUGAUGAGAGAAAUUUUGUACAUGUCUACUUCCCUUCAGUUCUGUGCUCAUCCCUGUUUCAUGAUAGGGGGUCCUGUUUUUUGUUAGAGGCCAGGUUGUAUUUUUUUUGGAAGUGUAGCUAUUUAUUUGGUAGGGACUAGAAUAUUAAUUUUGUUGAAUUAUCUGGUAAUAGAGGUGGUACUGUUUUAUUGGUUAUCACUAAGGGCAUGCCUGGAUUCCAUGAAAUAAUUAAGAGGAUAAUAUUUAAUGGGGCUAAA